AUGUCUUACCGGUAUUCUACUCACUCCAACCUCUCUUUUGACCCCAUACGAGACCUCUUCGUGGAGGUUCGUCGUUUGGAGACUCGUCGUUCUAUUUGGCGUUAUGCAGAGGACAAACGGAAGCGCCAGGAGGAGCGUCUUUCUGCGGCCCGGGUGGGCAAACGUUGGCUCUACUUCUUCGUUCUUUAUGCCCUUCUGGCGGUCUGCUUCUACGGCUACCUCAAUUUAUUCAUGUACUUUCAAAUACCCAGAGAUCGCCCGAAACUCACGGGUCGACAGAGCCUGUUGCAGCUGCACCCGGGUCUGAGUCGAGUGCCCAACCCGGAUGUCGUGACAAGUUUGGUUCAUUUCCGACCCCAGGAACCGCUCUCGUACUCGAAACUGCUGGAUGAGAUGUGGGCCUUUCUCUAUGGCUACCGCAGAUCAAGGCGUGGGAAGUUGAAGGAUUGUGUCCGCGGCACUGGGGGCGAUAUAAUUGAUUUGCGACGACCCUGUGCCUUUGAUCUGAACGCUGUAGGGCCCUGCAACUCCGCCAGCAGCUUUGGCUACACCACUGGGAGUCCCUGUUUUGCGCUCAAAAUGAAUCGCAUCUACGGUUGGCUGCCGGAACCGGUAGAAUUCGCCACGGGAGUGCUAGUGAAGUGUGAGGGUGAAACAGAAAACGAUACGCUGAAUAUGGGUACUAUUUACUACUAUGACAUGGAUUACGCAUUCACGGAUCGAACGCGAGCGAAGACAGCCAAUGGGAGUUUUCAUUCUGCCUUCUUUCCCUAUCUCAAUCAGGCCGGCUACCAACAGCCACUGGUAUUUUUAGAGUUUGCCGGCAUGAGACGGAACAUUUUGAUUCGGGUCAAAUGUUACCUCAUUGCGAAAAACAUUCCAGUUAAUUUUGAACACGAUGAAGGAAGUGUCAAGUUUGAGAUUCUCGCGGACUAA